AUGCAGCGUUGCGGCCAAAUAUUUCACGCUCUUUUGAGUGAAGGCGUCAAUUCUAUAGAUCAAAAGCAAGCUGCUACAGCAACAGAGUCUUCACCGAAAUAUUUCCACCGUCCUCAGCGGAACAGACAAGUUCAGUUAAUUUUCCGGAUGAGAAAUCAGGCGAAAGAGAUGGAGCAAAAAUGUGUUAGGGCACCAUGCUCUGUUCCACAACAUCUCACUGAUGCACAUCUUCAGUGA